CGUCCCGCUGAGCAGUAGCCAACAUGGCAGCGCUGGCGGGCGGAGGGCGGCCGCGCCGGGGGCCGAGGGGCCCGGAGCAGAGUCGCCGCGGCUGAGCUCCCGAGAGGCCUUUGAAGCAGGUGCCCGGCCGCCGGGACGCGGGGCAUGGUGCGAUCCGCGUCGCGCCGCCGCCGCCGCCGCCGCCGCCGCCGCUGCCGCCGCUGAGCUCACUGGCCACGCCGAGCUCGGACACGGAAGCGGGAAGAUGUUUUCCGCGCUUAAGAAGCUGGUGGGGUCGGAACAGGCUCCCGGCCGCGAGAAGAACAUUCCCGCCGGCCUGCAGUCCAUGAACCAGGCUCUGCAGAGGCGCUUCGCCAAGGGAGUGCAGUACAACAUGAAGAUCGUGAUCCGCGGGGACAGGAACACCGGCAAGACAGCGCUGUGGCACCGGCUGCAGGGCCAGAAGUUCGUGGAGGAGUACAUCCCCACCCAGGAGAUCCAGGUCACCAGCAUCCACUGGAGCUACAAAACCACUGACGACAUCGUGAAAGUCGAGGUCUGGGAUGUGGUUGACAAAGGAAAAUGCAAAAAGCGUGGCGACGGCUUGAAGAUGGAGAACGACCCCCAGGAGGCGGAGCCCGAGAUGGCCCUGGACGCGGAGUUCCUGGACGUGUACAAGAACUGCAACGGGGUGGUCAUGAUGUUCGACAUCACCAAGCAGUGGACCUUCACCUACAUCCUGCGGGAGCUCCCCAAGGUGCCGACGCACGUGCCGGUGUGCGUGCUGGGCAACUACCGCGACAUGGGUGAGCACCGCGUCAUCCUGCCUGACGACGUGCGUGGCCUCAUCGACAGCCUGGACAGACCGCCGGGCUCCUCCUACUUCCGCUACGCCGAGUCCUCCAUGAAGAACAGCUUCGGCCUGAAGUACCUUCACAAGUUCUUCAACAUCCCGUUCCUGCAGCUGCAGAGGGAGACGCUGCUGCGGCAGCUGGAGACGAACCAGCUGGACAUGGACGCCACCCUGGAGGAGCUGUCGGUGCAGCAGGAGACCGAGGACCAGAACUACGGCCUCUUCCUGGAGAUGAUGGAGGCGCGCAGCCGCGGCCAUGGGUCCUCGCCGGUGGCCGACGGGCAGAGCCCGUCCUCGGGCCCCCGGUCCACGGGGAGCGGCGGCCCCAGCACGCCGCAGGCCGCCCCCUCGGCCUGCCCCUCCCCGCUGUCCCCCACGGAGGCGCCGCUGCCCCCCACACAGCCUGCAGCCCCCGCCCCGGCCCCGCGUCGCAGCAUCAUCUCCCGGCUGUUCGGGACCUCGCCGGCCCCUGAGGUGGUCCCUCCCCCGCCAGACCCAGUCCCCGCUGCAGAGGCCCCGGCGCAGGCACAGGACAUGGAGGAGCUGGUUCCUGCAGGCGGCCUGGACCACGGCUUCCUGGAUGACGUGGCCCCCCCAAAGGAGAAGAGAGUCGGGGCUGAGGUCCCCCCGGACAGUGACAGUGAUGCAGAGGCCCCAGGAGGGAACCCACUGGUGGCAGGCUUCCAGGAUGACGUGGACGUUGAAGACAGGCCACUCAGCAGGUCCCCACUGCCCGUGGGCCCUGUCCCUGACCCCAGGGAGAACACCACUGUCUCCAGUGAGGUGGCGGCCCUGGCCCCCCAGAAGUGCUCUGAGCCAGAGACCAAACAGCCCUCUGCAAAGGCCUCGAAGCCACCCAGGGGCACAGCCCCCCGGGCCGCCGAGCCCCCCAGGCCCCCCGCAGAGGGCGCCCCGCUCAGGCCCGAGGACGGGAAGGACGACGAGCCAGCAGCAUCGUCAGAGAGCGACCCCGAGGGGCCCAUUGCUGCCCAGAUGUUGUCCUUCGUCAUGGACGACCCCGACUUUGAGAGCGACUUGGAAGUGCCCCAGCGAGCGGACGAGUUCCCGGUGCGAGAGGAUGCCUCCGACGUGACCGACGAGGACACCGGCCCCGCCCCGCCGCCCCCGCCCCCCAAGUCCCGCAUCCCCUCCUUCAGGCAGAAGGACGACACGGAUCUCUUUGGCUUGGGGCUGGAGGAGACAGGCCGCAAGGCGAGCAGUGGUGAAGAUAAGCCUCCGUCCAAGGAGAAGAAGAAGAAGAAAGGCAGAGAGGAGGAGGACAAGGCUGCGAGGAGGAAGAGCAAACACAAGAAGGACAAGGACAAGGAGGAGCGCCGGGAGGACCGGCGCCGGCGGCGGCGCGAGAGGACGGCAGUGGACGAGCUGGAGGCCUUCCUGGGCGGUGGGGCUCCGGGAGGCCGCCUUCGUGGGGGCGGGGACUAUGAGGAGCUCUAGGCCCGCCCCUUAGGGUUUGCCCACUCGGCCCCCGGGCCCGCAGGCAGGGGGCAGCGGCCGCCCCACGGCUUCUCAGGGAGGGACUAAGGCCUGUGCCGGUGAGGCUGUCUGUUUACAGAGGCGGGAGCACCCUGGUCGCCGCCUGGCCCCUGCUUGUCCGGCCCCGCAUGCGGCCCGGCUUCCGCGGAGCUGGGCGCUGCACCCGUGUCGUGCCCGUUGUGGGCGCCUCCAGCUGGGCCAGGGUGUCCUCCCUCGUUCCCUUUUUCUCCAUCCACACUGACCCCCAACCAUAAAGCUCUUGUUUU